AUGCCUUCUCCGCAUCCUUGUGCUUCACCAAGACGUUGUCGAUCAAGUUUCAGAAAUCUCCUUCAACAAUUCCAACUCUUACAUCCGUUUUCUCCAUUGCCUUUUGAGAAGAUUUGCUAUCUUCUCCAUCGCUGUUGGAGCCUUCUUCUCUUGAGGAUACGGCAUGUGAUUGUGCUUGUGAAGAGAUAUGAUUAUGGUUUCAACAAUUUCAACAGGAAAGAAGCAGUGAGGAUGAUCAGAGUUGGUCUUGUUUGCACAAAUGCAUCUCCUUCGUUACGACCAAUGAUGUCAGAGGCAGUGCAAAUGCUGGAGGGAGAGAUGGAAAUAACAGAGGUUAUCAUGUCAGGUCCUGCGGUGUAUGGGCAUGAUUUAAACUUCUCGAAGCUGAUGGAGUCAACUUCCACGUCAGGUUAUAAUGACCUUAUGUUCCCAUUUCAUUCAGAAACCGCCACCUUGAACUCCACAACAGAGUUAUCUUCCUCGUCACUGUAA